AGAAUUCGUAUUGUCAACACAUUGGACUGGAGUUCAUGUUUAUCAAUGAUGUUGAACAGUGUCAGUGGAUCAGGCAAAAAUUCGAGACUCCAGGUAUCAUGAAGAUCACAAAUGAAGAGAAACGAAAUCUACUAGCAAGAUUAGUACGUUCUACCAGGUAUCCAAUGAUCUCGUAAAAAAAACAUUUUUCUUAAUUAGCUAUUACAUUUUUUUUGUUGCCAUUGAAUACAAAUGUAAUCUUUUUAUGACUUAGAUAAAAAAACAAGCUAAAUUCUUCCUAAGGUUCGAGGACUUCCUAGCACGCAAAUGGUCUUCAGAAAAGAGGUUUGGUUUGGAAGGGUGUGAAGUGAUGAUCCCGGCUUUAAAGGCAAUAAUCGAUAAAUCCAGUGACAUGGGGUUGGAGUAUGUGAUAUUGGGCAUGCCCCACAGGUAAGAAGACAAAAUAUUCUAUUUAUUAGAUGCCAUACUAGAAACUGAUAAUUUUCUGAAGUUUUAUUACUCUCUCACCACUUGUAGCAUUUACUUAGAUAUUUCUUCUGGUCUUCUUGUGGUCAUGGUGCAUUCAAUCCAAUUUUUUAUUGUUGUCUCCUGUCCAAAUUGUGACUACCUCCUGUCUCUUUUCUGGUUCCUUGCACAUAAUCAUUUGUCUCUCCUGUUUGUUAACAUAUAAACAUAUUUUAUCUUUUCCUGGUGGUUCCUGGAUUACUUUUAUGACACCACCCCUUCUGCCCCUUGUGGUGUUUCCUGUUCCAUAUAUGACCUGCUCCAGUGCAUAUAUCUUUUGCAAACAUUUAGUGUAUGUGAUUGGAUGGGCGAAUUUUACUAGUUUGGCGCAUUAUUCAUUUUUCUCUCAACUUUAUUGCUUAGACAUGUUUUGACCUCUUAAUUAUUCUUAGAUUUUCACAAAAUUGUGCUGAUUGUAGAAUGCCAUACCUCUGUUUUACCAUGUCUGGCAUGUGUCUGCUUCUGCUGUUGUGGCAUUGCAGGUGUAUUUUGUAUUGGUUUUUGGCACAGAAAAAAUAAAGAAUGGCAAAUCUCUAACUAGCUUUUCUCUUACUGACUGUUGAUCCAUAUUCCACAACAGUGAUUCUGCCUGUAUUCUUAAAGGACCACUAUAGUGCCAGGAAAACAUACUUGCCUGGCUUUUCCUGGCACUAUAGUGCCCUGAGGGUGCCCCCACCCUCAGGGUCCCCCUCCCGCCCGGCUCUGGAAAGGGGAAAGGGGUAAAAACUUACCUUUUUCCAGCACUGGGCGGGGAGCUCUCCUCUUCCGAUCCUCCUCUUCUCCUCCCCGUCGGCUGAAUGCGCACGCGCGGCAAGAGCUGCGCGCGCAUUCAGCCGGUCACAUAGGAAAGCAUUCAUAAUGCUUUCCUAGGGACGCUGGCGUGCUCUCACUGUGAAAAUCACAGUGAGAAGCACGCAAGCGCCUCUAGUGGCUGUCAAUGAGACAGCCGCUAGAGGAAAUAGGGGAAGGCUUAACCCAUUCAUAAACAUAGCAGUUUCUGUGAAACUGCUAUGUUUAUGAAAAAAUGGGUUAACCCUGGCUGGACCUGGCACCCAGACCACUUCAUUAAGCUGAAGUGGUCUGGGUGCCUAGAGUGGUCCUUUAAUCUGAGCAUCAAGGCUGCAUACUGAGUGAUGAAUGGAGUAUAGUGGGAGAGGUGCAACCAUUUCCCCCAGUGAAACUUUACACUUAUUGCUGAUAAACAAACACGUCUCCGAACUAGACAAAAUCACUAGCAUGUACUUUUAUUGAAAGAGUUAAUUUUCAAAUUAAUUGAUGGACAGCUUCCAUGGUUCUAGGUUAAAGACCAACUCACCCGUCAAGGCAGCAAAAAAGAUUCCCAGGCACUCAAAAUGUGAAAGCCGCAGGCAGAUUUAUUGCAACAAAAUAGACAGCAACGUUUCUACCUAACAAGAGGUCUUUUUCAACUCGCCCAUCAAACACAUUCAGGCCAUAUAAACUAAGAAAUUCGGUUGCCUCUUGAAUGUCAUGGAAAAACAGCAGCACAUUAUGUUCCCCACAGGGAAAGAAGUCGAUCUCUGGAUUCUGUCAAUGUAAAUUAACAUCUUUCCACUUUCCUCACUGUUAUUGCUGAGAGACAUGGUCUGGCACAUUAAAGUAUGUGUGCACCACCUUUAUAAAGCUCAUAUUGAGUUCCUACCUAUCAGCACCCAUCACAUUUUCCCUGCCCCUUUUUUCCUUUUCCUUUCUUGGUUAUGAAAAGACUUGCGGUGUGCACCUCCACGGGUGCAGAUCUUUGGUCUCGCUGCUUGCCACGCUGCCUCUCUCCCGCCUGCCGCCCCGAGCCUGUGCCUUCAUAGCUUUAUGGGAAAUUUGACUCCAGUUGCUGGAAACAGCAAGGCUUAAAUUUUAGAUUUUUGCAUAAGGUUUUUAAAUUAUUUAUUAAUUUUGGAUAAACUUUUCAAAUCAUUUAAUAGUUUUAAUUUUUUUUAAAAUAUAUUUUUAUAUUUUAUGUUGAUAUAUUUUGCCAUAUGUGAUUUUUAAAAAAAAAAAAAAUAUUUUAAUAUUUAGAAAAAAAUAUGUUUAAAGUUUAUCCAAAAAUAGUAUUUGAAAAGUUUAUGCAAAAUAUUAAAUUGAGGUCUAAGCUCGAUGUGUUUCUUCAUUAUUUAUUUGUGCUUGUUUUCAUGCUGUGCUUCAAUGGUCCGCCACUGAUAUCGACACUCAUGAACAGGACAGGGGCUCCUGAUAUUAUUGGCCAUGAUCAGUACACUAGAAUAGAAAAGGAUUGAGUCUUUUGGUAUCCUUGAAUGAGGUCACAGAGCCUCAUUACACCCAAAUAAAUAUCAGUUUGGAAAUGCCUUAUAAUAAAUAAGUUACCUUAACUUUAAACCAAAAAGCAUUGACACUGAAAAAUGGUUAAAAUGUAUGCAGGACCUCCAUUUUUAUGCUAUGGAUUAAGGAAAUAUAGAGGAUGUCUGAAAGUGUUCUUUUUUUUCCCCGCCACUCAUCUCAACUCCACACAUAAAGAUUUAAAUACAUAUCGUUAUCCCUCAGAAAAUGUUUUUGUAUGUCUAUAUACUCUUGUGUUUGUCUUGUUAUUGCGUUUGUUCCUUUCUGUAUAAAGAAAAAAACCCAAUAAAGAGAAUCUAAAAAAAGAAAAAAACGAAAAAAAAGUUAAACCAUCUUCACCUGUAUUUGAAGGCUUUUAAAGACGAGUUGCCAUUUUAUGUAUAAAAUGUUGUUUUUCAAAAAGAUAUUUAAGUAUUCAAAAAUAUUUUUAAUGUUCAAUAAUCUUCUCACUGUGCUUGUUUUAUAGAGGCAGGCUGAAUGUGCUGGCCAAUGUUAUACGUAAAGAUUUAGAACAGAUAUUUUGUCAAUUUGACCCCAAGCUGGAAGCCUCGGAUGAGGUAAUAUAUUCUGAAUUAUUUGCUGAUGGGACAUUCCAAUUAUGUAUUAGAUUAAUUACUGCACUUUAACUGUUCCAGGCUAGAGAUGGCCCAUUUUAAUGCAUUUUAAAGAUGAUGUGUUGCAAAACUGUAUGCAAAAACAAUAAAUUGAGAAUAAAAAAAAUCUGAAUUUAAAGUUCAAGAAUUUCAUCUAAAUCUCGAGGCUUUGCAACUUUGCAAUGACUGUAUUGAGUUCUAUACACACCAAGAAUUGAUUCAGACGAUCAUGUUCCCAUUUUUCUCCUACUUAUUUAUUGACAAGUGGAGUUUUUCUCUUGCUAAGAGCUGGGCUACACCUCCCAUAUCCUCAUAUGGUCUGUUAUCUAGAAUAACAUUUUAUUUAUUGCAUACAAAUUUCAAUUAUAUUGGAGCAUAACCCUUUAAACAUUGUGUGAUGUUGAGUAUAUUCCGUAUUUCACAUGGUGUGAAUAAAAAAAGUGUCUAGCACACACACAAAGCAAUAACAACUCAUAACAAGGUGAAUGAACCUCCCAAUAAGCAGACUGCGGACCAUAUUAAUGGUUAGAGUGUAUGGCUUUUCACACAUGAUGUUCUUUGGACCUGGAACAUUAUUGUAGUCUUCCUUGCUACCUAAACACAAAUAGCAUGGCUGUAAGAUAGAGGACACCUUUGUACAUUUUGAGCCUCCUUACAAUAUUUUUACAUUUUACAGAUUUCGAUAAAACAUUUAGAUAACUACUGGAAAUCCCAUUUUAUUUACUGGCGUCUGCCGGUUAAUAUAUUUAAAAGUUUUGGGUUUAAACAUUAUUUAUGAUGAUUGUCUAGCAUCGCAAUAUAGAAGCUUUCUUUUCUCUUGGAAAACAAAAUGGAGUAAUUUUAGCAAAUAAUUUACGGAGAGAAGUAUAUGCAUAUGAUGCAGCACACAUUUUUAAGGCAAACCUUUGUAAAGGUUACCCUAUUUCAUUCCAGGGAUCUGGAGACGUUAAAUACCACUUGGGAAUGUACCACGAACGCAUUAAUCGUACCACUAAUAAGAAAAUCACAUUGUCGCUGGUUGCCAAUCCUUCACACCUUGAGGCUGUUGAUCCUGUGGUUCAGGGGAAAACCAAAGCUGAACAGUUCUAUCGAGGGGAUAAUGAAGGGAAAAAAGUGAGUCAUUUGCUCAGUGAUUUCAUAGUGGUUAAAUAUUCGGCUAUUUAAUUUUGUUUUUAAUUAAAGCUAUCAUUUUAUCCACUAGGUUAUGUCCAUAUUGGUUCAUGGGGAUGCUGCAUUUGCUGGGCAAGGUGUUGUGUAUGAGACUUUCCACCUCAGUGACCUUCCCUCCUACACCACCAAUGGUACCAUCCAUGUUGUUGUGAAUAAUCAGGUAAAUAACAAAAAAAACAAAAACCAACAAGUAAAAAAUUGUUGUUCACUUUAAAUAGUGCAAUAAAUAUUUAAAUAUAGUAAUAUUUUACAAUAAUCAGUUAAAGCAAACAAAUAUUCACAUGUGCUCCAGUCUUAUAAAAACCAAAGUGGCACGAAGGAAAAACUACUUCUGAUUUAAUAAUUUCUUUAAAAAGAUGCCACCCCUCCCCCCCCAAAAAAAACAAGGUCUCCACAUAAUGUUAUUAUUGGAACUGCAAUACGCAUGUGUGUUCAGUCAUAGAUCUUUUUUCAGUGUACUAUUCGUUUUCUACAAUAGCAGAAAUAGUUAGAUUGUCCUCGAUCAAAGGACAAUAGCGGCGUCAUGGCAAGCUAUUAGGGUUCAGAGAAUAACACUAGGGCAAAAGUCGGGACACAACACAUGGACAGAUAUUCUCAGAGGAAAGUAGAAUAUAUACACAAAAGGCAAAGGAGCGCGUAGCCCUAUACAAAAAAGGUAGGAGAAUGUUUAAAAUUGACAACGAUGAACUAGAAAGGGAUAAGGGAAUACUGUUGGAGUCACAAAUGCUACUGUCAGGGGAUUAUUAGGUGGUACCUAGGAAUGACACAAAUCUCCUGGGUCAAAGCUGACCUCUAGAAACAAACUCUUUGGGUACAUUAUUAGAAGGAAACUCUUACUGGUACAACAGCCACUAGUUUCAUGGUCCAAAGAAGGCCCAAAGGCGCCAAGUUAAAUACUGAAAAGUAUCCACGGCUGAUACUAGCUGGUGACUGGUACUGUGACAUGAACAGCACAGGUCCAAGGGACAUUUGCAUGGAGCCGAAACAUUUAAGUCAAUAAACAAAGACAGGGACACAAAUAGGGGAAAGGGAAUAGUAAUAGAAAUGCAUAAUAAUAAAAUGCAUGAGGAGAUAUCUACAGACGAGAAGAGAUAUAGCCCUGGUAGUGGAGAAUAGAGUGCAACUGUCUUUGUCUGUGUUGACAAAGACAGGAAUAGGUACUAAAAAUUAGAAGGAACAAACAAAAUCAGAGUGAGAGGUAGAACAGAAAAUCAGAAACAAAAAAAGAGUACAAUGAAUAAAAAAGAAAAACUUGCAACUCUAUCUCACAUUACGGAAUGGUACUGUCUUCCAAUUUGCUUUUUUAAAGGAAUCUCUUGGAAGCCCUUUGUACAAAUAUGUGAUUACAUGUACCAUUUAGAAAUUUUCAUUCUUUGCUGAUUGCAAUGGUUGCAUGCAAUAUGCCCUGAUUAAUUUAAUAUUUUGGGUAAAUUCAAAUACUGCCAUAGUCUUCUUUGCAAAUCGUUUGCCUUGUGUAACUUUGAAUACAAUUCUAAUAUUGGAGUGUUUGCCUCCAGAUUGGUUUCACUACAGAUCCGCGGAUGGCUCGGUCUUCCCCAUACCCUACCGAUGUUGCUCGUGUUGUCAAUGCUCCUAUAUUCCAUGUGAACGCAGAUGAUCCUGAAGCUGUUAUGUAUGUUUGCAGUGUGGCAUCAGAGUGGAGGAACACCUUUAACAAGGAUGUAGUAGUGGAUUUGGUAAGUGUCUUGUAAUAGAACACUUGGCCUUGGAAUGACACUUAUGAAAAAGAGUAACUGUGAUACUAUACAUGCAUAAGGAAAUUUAGAAUUCUCCUAAAAUCAUAGAAUAUUCUACUAGCAACAAAAAAAUGCUCAAACUAUUGGGAAAUCAAAUGCGCUUUUUAGAUUGUUAGUUUUCUGCAUCUACAGUCAGUCUGUAUUAAUGUAUUGUAAGUGUGAAAAGUACUAAACUCAGUCCUUCCUCAUUCUAUUAUCCUGUACCCUUAAAUAACUUCUUUUUUUUUUUUAAAUUGGUAUGGUGGCCAUGUAACUUUUUUUUUCUUUCUCUCCAUAAAAUGUAUUAGUUGACUGUAAAAAACAAAAACAAAAAAACUUUAAUUAACCACAACUCACCUCAUACACAUUAACAGGCUUAUUUACUAACAGUAAAGUGAAUUUCAAAUCUAUGGCCAAAAUAGCCAAUUUGAAAACGUUAUGCAAGUCAGCUUUUCUUCGAAUUUGGCUACUUGAAGUGAAACUUUUUUAUUUUUAUUUUAUGUGGAAUUCUCACUUUAGUAAAUAGCAGAAAGUACAAAAGUAAGAACUCAAAGUCAACGUUAAAUAUCAGGCCAGGGUAGCCAAAGUGAAAGCACAGCUGGUUUGGAGAUUUUUCCAGAUCGGCUAUUUUGACCUUAAAGGUAAAAUUCACUUUGAAUUACCAGCCUUUGUAUGUAACCCUGCCUGCCUGUCUGUCUAUCGGUGUGUUGAUCUCGCCCCGUGUCAAAAAUUGUUGUUAUUGUGCAGACAUGAUGCCUAAUCCAAUCCAGGCCUUUGACUUGAUGAUAUAUUUCAGGUCUGUUACCGUCGCAGUGGACACAAUGAAAUGGACGAGCCAAUGUUCACACAGCCACUCAUGUACAAACAGAUACACAAGCAGGUUCCUGUUUUGAAGAAGUACGCCGACAAGCUGAUUGCCGAGGGAAUUGUUUCCCUUCAGGAGUUUGAGGUACUAUUCAGUUGUUUAGAGCUCCUCUACCAAAGAUGACUUACUGUAAUGAAUAUUCCUUGUCACUCUUACAACUCAUUAUUUUGUAGAAUUUGUUUAUUUUGCUAUUUUUCAGACACAUUUCAGUUCAAAGGAUAGGAACAGAAAGACAAUGCAAAAACACAAUGCAUUUGUUUAUACUGGCAUAAUUGUGAUUUACUUUAGUAGAAAAUGAUGAGGUGAAUGUGCUCCACACAAAACUCUCAAUAUAUAAAUUGACUUCUUAUUAUUUAUGUAUCUUUCUAUUAAUAAUACUGAUUCCCACCCUAGAUAUAUGCAGGGGUGUCUGGAGGGUACCACCCAAACCACCAGGUCUAAACGUUGCAUACCAUACCUCUCUAUUUAGGACAGACACACCAUAUUUUGUUCCCAAAUCCUUCUGUCCCUCUUUCCUCUCCUAAUGUCCCUCUUUUCUAGGAGCUCCAUAUGGUUGGUGUGUCUGAGUGUAUAACAGAGCUCCACAGCAAUAAUACUCCCAGUAAUGUGUCUGAGUGUAUAACAGAGCUCCACAGCAAUAAUACUCCCAGUAUUGUGUCUUUGAAUUCAGGGGUCAAGUCCUGGGGAAAAAGUGUGGGAACUCACCCAAGAUUCCCGCCUCCCCCUCUCUCUCCCCUCCCCCCUUAAAAAAAAAAAAAUUACACUCCUAUGCAUAUAGUGCAGUGCAGGGUGUGUAUAAUGAAUGUAGUGUGUUUGUAGUGAAUGCAGAGUAUGAAUAAUAAAUGUAGUGUGUUUGUAGUGAGUGCAGUGUGAAUAAUAAUUGUAGUGUAUGUGUAGUGAGUGUGAAUAAUAAUUGUAGUGUAUUUGUAGUGAGUGCAGAGUGUGUAUAAUGAAUGUAGUGUAUUUGUAGUGAGUGCAGUGUGUAUAAUGAAUGUAGUGUAUUUGUAGUGAGUGCAGUGUGUAUAAUAAAUGUAGUGUAUUUGUAGUGAGUGCAGUGUGUGUAGUGAAUGUAGUGUUUUUGUAGUGAGUGCAGAGUGUGUAUAAUGAAUGCAGAGUGUGUAUAAUGAAUUUAGUGUGUUUGUAGUGAGUGCAGAGUGUGUACAAUGAAUGCAGUGUAUGUAGUGUGUUUGUAGUGAAUGUAGAGUGUGUAUAGUGAAUGUAGUGUGUAUUUAGUGCAGAAUGUGCAUAAUGAAUGCAGAGUGUGUAUAGUGAAUGCAAAGGGUGUAUAGUGAAUGCAGAGGGUGUAUAGUGAAUGUAGUGUGUUUGUAGUGAGUGAAGAGUGUGUAUAAUGAAUGCAGUGUGUGUGUGUGCUGGAUUGUGUGUGUGUGUGUGUGCUGGAUGGUGUGCGCGUGCUGGAUGAUGUGGGUGUGUGUGUGCUGGAUGAUGGGUGUGUGUGUGCUGGAUGAUGGGUGUGUGUGUGCUGGAUGGUUUGUGUGUGAGUGCUGGAUGAUGUGUGUGAGUGUGCUGGAUGAUGGGUGUGUGUGUGCUGGAUGAUGGGUGUGUGUGUGUGCUGGAUGCUGGGUGUGUGAGUGCUGGAUGAUGGGUGUGUGAGUGCUGCAUGAUGGGUGUGUGUGUGCUGGAUGAUGUGUGUGUGUGUGUGGAGUGCUGGAUGAGUGUGUGUGUGUGAUGGCGUGCUGGAUGAUGUGUGUGUGUGCAGUGCUGGAUGAUGUGUGUGUGUGUGUGUGUGCUGGAUGAUGUGUGUGUGUGUGGCUGGAUGUGUGUGUGUGUGUGCUGGAUGAGUGUGUGUGUGUGUGUGCUGGAUGGUGGGUGUGUGUGAGGUGCUGGAUGAUGGGUGUGUGUGUGGCAGGUGCUGGACAGUGGGUGUGUGUGUGAGUGCUGGAUGAUGGGUGUUUGAGUGCUGGAUGAUGGGUGUGUGAGUGCUGGAUUGUGUGUGUGUGAGUGCUGGAUGAUGGGUGUGUUAGUGCUGGAUGAUGGGUGUGUGAGUGCUGGAUGAUGGGUGUGUGAGUGCUGGAUAAUGGGUGUGUGUGUGUGCUGGAUGAUGGGUGUGUGUGUGAGUGCUGGAUGAUGGGUGUGUGUGUGUGCUGGAUGAUGGGUGUGUGUGUGUGCUGGAUGAUGGGUGUGUGUGUGUGUGCUGGAUGAUGGGUGUGUGUGUGUGUGCUGGAUGAUGUGUGGGGGGGGGAAAGCAUUUUUUUACUUUAUGUAUAUUUUUUAUUUUAUCCUCCCCUCCCUGCUUCUUACCUUGUCAGGGAGGGGGGAGAUCGCCUGGUGGUCCGGUGGUAUGCUGGAGGGAGCCAGCCGCUGCACACAGGAGCCAUCACACGCUGUGUUCCCUCUCCAGCUCUAACUCUCGCGAGACUCGCCUGUGCGGAGCGUUUCCAUGGUAACAGCCGCGGGUCUCGCGAGAGUUAUAGCUGGAGAAGGAACACAGCGUGUGCUGGCCCCUCAGUGCAGGGAGCAGGGCCGGUCCUGCAGGACAGGUAACGGGAACGGCGUUCCUGCUUUGGAAAAAGUGCAGGAACGCCGUUCCCAUGCGUUCCUGCAGGACUCGAGCCCUGUUUGAAUUACAAUAAAUGUGUUUAGAAAUCAGUGUGUAAAUAAGAUACGUUGUUCUUGUUCUAAAUUACAUUAUAUGUAAUUAAUAGGUCUCGUAAAAUCCUUUGCCCCCGGCCACAACCCAAAUCAUACCCCUAAAAUUAAAGUGUCCCUCUUUGUCCAUUUAGUUGUGAGGCACUGUUACUAUUAGCCCUGGGUACCCAAGUAUUCCUGUCACAUUGUAAAUGGCAAGUGUCCCCUGCAUAUAUAAAAUACAUUGAUCUGCUAUAAGCAAUUCAGUACUUUUUACCUUUACACAGGUUUGCACACGUGUGUUUGUCUGUAUCUUUGUUACAUAGUUACAUAGUUACAUAGCUGAAAAGAGACUUGCGUCCAUCAAGUUCAGCCUUCCUCACAAAUGUUGUUGCUGUUGAUCCAAAAGAAGGCAAAAAACCUGGUCUGAAGCGCUUCCAAUUUUGCCACAAACCAGGAAAAAAUUCCUUCUUGACCCCAAAAUAGCAGUCAGAUGUCUCCUUGGAUCAAGCAGCUAUUACCCCACUAAUUAGAAAUAUCUCUGUAUGUUAUGUUUUUGUAAGUAUUUAUCCAAUUUCAGUUUAAACAUCUGUAUGGACUCUGACAAAACCACCUCUUCAGGCAGAGAAUUCCAUAUCCUUAUUGUUCUUACUGUAAAAAAACCUUUUCUUUGCCUUAGAUGAAAUCUCCUUUCUUCCAGCCUAAAUGUGUGACCUCGUGUCCUAUGUAUAUAGCCCUGUUUAUGAAUAGAUUUCCAGAUAAAGGUUUGUACUGGCCCCGAAUAUAUUUGUAUAAAGUUAUCAUAUCCCUCUCAGGCGCCGUUUUUCCAAACUAAACAGAUUUAAUUUUUUUUAACCUUUCUUCAUAACUAAAAUGCUCCAUUCCUUUUAUCAAUUUUGUAGCUCGUCUCUGGACCCUCUCCAGUGCCAUGAUAUCCUUCUUUAGAACAGGCGCCCAAAAUUGCACAGCAUAUUCAAGGUGUGGUCUUACCAGCGAUUUAUAAAGAGGCAGAAUUAUAUUUUCAUCCCGAGAAUUUAUGCCCCUAUUUAUACAUGACAAAAUCUUACUGGCCUUAGCAACUGCAGAUUGACAUUGCAUAUUGCUGCCUAAUUUGUUGUCUAUAACAAUUCCCAAAUCCUUCUCGUGUGUGGUUAUCCCUAAUUCACUACCAUUUAGUGUGUAAGUUGCUUGUGCAUUCUUAACCCCGAAGUGCAUAACUUUGCAUUUCUCUAUGUUAAAUUUCAUCUGCCAUUUUAGUGCCCAGUCCCCCAAUCUAUCCAAAUCUCUCUGCAGCAAAGCAAUAUCCUGCUCACAUUUUAUUACUUUACAAAGUUUUGUGUCAUCUGCAAACACUGAUAAAUGGCUUUCAAUGCCUAUUUCAAGAUCAUUUAUAAAUAUGUUAAAUAGAAGUGGUCCCAAAACAGAACCCUGAGGGACACCACUUACCACUUUUGUCCAGCCUGAAAAUUUACCAUUAAUUACAACUCGUUGUACUCUAUCCUUAAGCCAAUGUUCUACCCAAGAACAAGAAUAUUAAUCUAGACCAAUUUCUUUUAGUUUGAAGACUAACCUAUUGUGAGGAACCGUAUAAAAUGCCUUGGCAAAAUCCAAGUAGAUCACAUCCACUGCAACACCCUGAUCUAUACUUCUACUUACUUCUUUGUAGAAUGCAAUUAGGUUAGUUUGACAUGACCGAUGUUUCAUAAAACCAUGCCUAUUAUUGCUAAUAACAAAGUUCUUCCCAAUGAAUUCCUGAAUAUUAUCCCUUAAUAGCCCUUCAAAUAUUUUCCCAGUUACAGAAGUUAAGCUCACAGGUCUAUAAUUUCCAGGCAAGGAUUUUGAACCUUUUUUAAAUAUAGGAACAACAUCUGCCUUCCUCCAAUCCUCUGGUACAACACCUGAAACAAAAGAAACUUGAAAAAUUAAAUACAGAGGUUCACUUAUUUCCCCACUUAGCUCCUUAAGUACUCGUGGGUAAAUACCGUCAGGCCCCGGAGCUUUAUUUACAUUCAUUUUCUUUAAUAGCUGUAGAACCUUGUCUCGAGUUAUCCAAUCACAAGUUAUUUGCAAGUUUUUUGCAGCAAUCAUUUGCAUAUCUCUUGCCAUAGGAUCCUCAUUAAUAUAUACUGAAGAAAAAUAGUUAUUUAAAAUUUCUGCUUUUUCCAGGUCUUCAUUAGCUAAUAAACCCAACUCUGUUUCAAGUGUACCUACACUUUCAUUUUUUGUUUUUUUAGAAUUGAUGUACUUGAAAAAAAAUUUGGGGUUGGUUUUGCAUUCUUUAGCUAUCAAUUUCUCAUUUUCUAGUUUAGCCACUUUAAUUGCCUUUUUGCAAGCGUUAUUGGCUUCCUUAUAUCUUAAAUAGAAUGCCUUUGAUUUGUCUGAUUUAAAUGCUUUAAAUGCCCUUUUCUUAUUUUUAAUCUCUUGUUUUACUUCUCUACUAAGCCACAUUGGUUUUAAUUUGUUUCUUUUAUAUGUAUUACCCAACGGUACAUACUGAGAAAUGUACCUUUCUAAUAUUUGUUUGAAUAGUUUCCAUUUAUUCUCAGUGUUUUUAUCACUAAGGAGUUUAUGCCAGUCAAUAUGUUGUAGAGCUGCCCUAACCUUAUUGAAAUUGGCUUUUUUUAAAUUAUAUGUUUUAGUAUACCCCACUUGCUUUUGCUUUUUUGAGUUUAUUUCAAAAAUUACCAUAUUGUGAUCACUAUUUCCCAAAUGCUCCCCUACUUGAAUGUUGGUUAAAAGAUCAACAUUGUUUGUUAUAACGAGAUCCAGACAAGCAUCCUUUCUAGUUGUGCUUGUACCAGUUGUGACAAAGGUGUCAUUUAACACAUUCAAAAACCUGAUUCCCCUUGCUGAAGUACUAGUCCCUCUUUCCCAAUUUAUGUCUGGAUAAUUAAAAUCUCCAAUAGUUAACGUGUUACCCCGAUUUGCAGCUUUCUCAAUUUGCUCUAACAGCUGUUCUUCCUCAUUAAUAUUUACAUUAGGUGGUUUAUGACAUAUUCCAACCAAUAAUUGAUUUCCCUUUGUUUACCCCAAGCAGAUAUCUACCCAUAAAGCCUCCACCUUUUCCUGGUCACAUUCCACAUGCCUAAGAUUUGACUUUAACUCAUGGUUGACAUAUAAACAUACCCCACCACCCCUUUGUGUGUCUAUAAGUAACUGUGCGUGUGCAAAGAGGUGUGCAAGGGCUGUAGAUAUAAGGAGUGCUCAUUAUUUUUGGAUCCCUGGUGUUUUUUUUACCUAAGCCAUACCCCUGGAUAUGAGUUUCUAGAAUUUUUUUAUUUUUUUUUAGAUGGAUAGACAUAUUGAUUAUAAAAUAAGAGUGAUAGGGAGAAGUAAAAGGAAGAGAGAGAUUUCUGGAUUUUUGUAGGACUACACUCUGACGUCACAUUUUGCUGACGUCACAUUUUGCUACACACACAAAUAACUUGAUUAACAACUUUCCAUCAUGUGCUGACAAUAAGUGAGAUUAUUUCAGUGAAAGUGUGUCAGUCAUUUUUGGUUUUAUGAAUCACAAUAGCCAUAAUUGUUUAUUGCAUGUAUUAUGGUUGCUAUUAUUUUUAUAUAUACAUAUAUAUAUAUAUAUGUGCAUGAUCUGCCGACCUGAUGUAAUGAUUUCUGAGGUUUCCGAGAAUAGUACUUAAGCUGUUCUAUUUAUACAGCUGAUCGCUAAAUUACAACUCCCAGAAACCCUUGCUGCAUUCAUAUGAGCAUCAUAACUGGACGAGUCGCUUUCUGGUAUGUGCAACACUCGCUGCAAAAGAUGUAGAUUUGCUGCAGAUGCAGGAUCUUCAGAUGUGAAUAUUUUUUUUACAAAUAUAUAAGUUGCUGUUUUUCAUAUAUUUAAUGCAUUACAAGACAUGAAAAACACUGUGCCAGCUACAACCCUGUGUGUCCCUUUAAUUAUGUCUAUCGCAUCCCUAUUGUUAAAAGUAUUUCUGUUUAUUUAAUGUAGCUCACCUCCAUCUCUCUGCUUCAAGGUCUGCUUAUCACAUCUACAUGUACGUAUCCAGUUCAGUUCCCUCUCUCUGCCUGAAGGGUAUCUCACAGCUAGGUUUUUUUUAGAUCAGCUUGUCAAAGUUUCUGUGACAAGGCACUUUGUGAUUUGGUCACAACCUCAUUUAAAAAAAACAAAAAACCUGAUUGCUUAUAUCUUUAUUUUUUUUAAUUUUUUUAAGAUAUUCUGCACCAUAGCCUUCUUCUUGCCUUUUUACUGCUGUUGAUAUUAAAUAUAUAUCCCAAAAAAUCUGGGGAACCAAUUAAACCUAUAUCAGAAUGAAAUACAAAAUUGUAUUGUGAAAACUCAGAAGAUGGAAAUUGUAGACCCUCUCUCCACUUCCCAGGAAAAGCAGUGGAACACAACAAGGUUCAAAGGAACUUCAGCAGGGUGGAUAGUAGAAGAUCUUCUUUAUUAUAAAAUAAAUAUGGAAGGAGCUUAACCACAGAGCUGAAUGGUCACCAUUCACCACUGCUCUUUAAAAACUUGACGGCCUAUCCGUGGAAAAUCGGAGGUGCAGGGGGCCUGUGAAAUUGAGAGUCAUGGCAACCGGACACAGAGGGCUACCCACCAAUGCCAUUCCUGUACUUACAAACUGGCAAAAAAAAACACUGCAAAUCCGGGGGCUACCUCGCAUUCCCUCCCCUUCCGCACUUACAAGCGGCGUUUUCUCCGGGUCUUAAAGACUGAGCUCGACAGCCGGUGGACCCACAGCGGCCCCCUGACACCAACAUGGGGAGAUGCACACAGAAGCCACAGGCUGGUACACCCAGGUAUUUCUGAGAUAUAGGGGCCCUGCUGCAACGCACCGCAAGCCACAAGAUGGCAGCCGAACAGGAUCCUGAGACUGACUCCACAUGCUCGGAGCAGCAGUCAGAGGGACACAGAGCAGAGCAGCGAUCUGAGUCACACAGCAGCCAGCAAGCAGAAGGCCACAAAAAGGAUAUCAGACAAUUACUGCAGGAAAUGAAGCAGAUGUUUGAUGCUGACAUAAACCUGGUAAGAACAGAAGCGCAAGCAGUGACGGCACAGGUGCAGGCCUCUGAAGAGGACAUUUUAGAUCUCAGACAAGAAGUGAAAGGCAUGGGGGAAACCCUGCGACACUUACAGACUGCAAACAGUCUUUCAAAACACACUAGAUGCCAUGGAAGACCACAGUAGGCGCACAAACCUCAAAAUUCGGGGAAUCCCAGACACAAUUGAGCCAACCGAAUUGCCACAGUUCCUAGGACAGCACACAGCAGUACUCCUGCCACACAUCCAGGCUAAGAAGCUUGAGUUCAGUGGCCACUUCCACAUAAUCAAGGCCAAACAGGCACCCGCAAUGGCACCAAGAGACGUCCUAGUCCACUGCCCUCCACGUCCGACAAACGUCGCAUUCUGUGAGCUGUAAGGGGCAAAACACCAUUAAACCUUGAAUCAUUACAACUCACCUUUUUCCAAGAUAUCACCCUGAAUAUUCUACUCUGGAGAAAGUCCUUGGGAGAAGUGACUGCACGGCUACAGAGAUAGAAGGUGGAUUACAGAUGGCUUCUAUCAAGAACCUUGAGAGUUAUCCAAGGAGACGACGUCCUGAAAUGCUGCACUGUGUCAGAGGCCCUGGCCUUCCUCCAAAAAUUGGGACUAUCACUGAGCACCCCAACACCGGAGAUACCAUUAACCUCCCAUGAUUGAGACCCAGAAAGAACUGUUCCAUUCAUCCCCAGGAGUAAUAGGAGGCAGGAGGCAGUGACCUGAACAUGCCACAUAAGCAUACUAUCUGUUUCCAUGUUCUUAUGCUUUCCUCUCUAAGCUAACCCUGCUGUUCUCUUUACUCCAAGUUUGGCUACUGUUUCCCCUUAACUCACUAUUAAGUGCUAAGACCCCUUAAACGGGCCGUGAUGAAACCCCCACAUGACCCCCUUAGGUUAGGGGUCGACACUUCAGAACUCACCAUUCCACACACUGCAUGCCUGUUACACAACCUCUGCUUAUGCUCUAGCCCUGGGCCUCAAUAGUGACAUGAAAACCAUCUUCUAGCGGGACGACCGACAAAGCCUACCUACCGCUCUAAGCCCCCCCAUUCACCAGAGGGGUGGGACACCCAACAACCCGCAGGAACACAAAACCAAACACACACUUGCCUUACUCAUUAUAACCCUGAUCCACCCAUGGACACCCAUAGCACAGGCAGACUCGCCUUGCUUGAAAAAGAAAAAAGUGCAUACACACUCCCAUUGUUUUAUCCCUGACUGUAAUAUUACAAGCAUUCAACCUAGCAGCUGGACAAUAAUACCAUGCUUGCUACCUAUUACUUAUCUCUACCCUUCAUUACCAUGUUCAAUGUGUAAACAAGCCAUGACCUAAGCAACUGUAAAUGCCUUUGAUUGUCCAGGUAACGCUGUUGUAGCACCCCACGUUUUCAUGUUCUAACCUAACUGCACUGAAAAACAAAGAAUUUAAAAAAGAAAAGAAAAAGAAACCGGUCCUACGCGUUUCUUCCUUUGCAAGGGACUUCCUCAGAGACCGAACAAAUUUUAUAAACAAUAAAAUUAUAAAAACAGCAGCAUUACCCCACCAAGUCCCACUUUAACCCCUUAAGGACACAUGACGUGUGACAUGUCAUGAUUCCCUUUUUAUUCCAGAAGUUUGGUCCUUAAGUUUGGUCCCACUUCCUCUGCUCCAUUGGUCCUCAAUGUGGUGUGCAUAUCCUUGCUUGAUUCCAAUCACCUGAAUAAUCCUCCAUCUCGGCUGAAUAUCAUCCUUCUCUCUUAUUUCGUUAAUUCGUGCUCAUUUCUGGUUACACAUCGAAAGCUGGAAGUAAUGUAUGUGUUCCACCUUGGCUCUUCAUCGCUCGUACAAGCACAACGUUUGCGUUCCAGCGCUGCAAUGUGCUUGUGGUCUCUAAAAUGAUCGUGAUCUAACUGAAGCUUGAAAAUCUCUAAAAAAUAGAAAUGAACAGACGGCAGAAACCUGACAAGUAUAGGAACCCUAAUAAAAACACAUUAUGGGAAUGCAUAUGAACCAACAUAAAUGCUGUUUUAUCACUUCCGUACAUCUCGAUCAACCAAAUAUUAACAUUUCCAUAGGAAAAGAUCAUGAAAGAUGACUAUAAAAAAUAUAUUAUAAAUAUAAAGAAAAGUUGUUAACAUGUUUGUGCAUGUUUUCUUCUGCAGGAAGAAAUUGCCCAGUAUGAUAAAAUCUGUGAAGAAGCCUAUACUGAAUCGAAAGAUAAAAAAAUUCUCAAUAUAAAGCACUGGCUGGAUUCCCCAUGGCCAGGUUAGACCAAACACAUGCAUCAAUUCAAUUACUUUGUUAAAGUAUGAAAGAGAAAGCGAAUGUCUAUUUCUUUUAUUUUUGCUUUAAUUUUCCCUCUCCAGGUUUUUUCACUUUGGAUGGGGAACCCAAAAGUAUGACCUGCCCCCCAACUGGGAUUCCUGAAGAUAUGCUUUGUCACAUUGGCACUGUAGCCAGUACAGUACCUGUUAGUGAUUUUAAAAUUCAUGGAGGUGAGCAGAUUCUUACAAAUUAUUGCUUGCAAAAUGAUAUUUGAGUAUUUUUAUCACUCUAUAUAAAAGGAACACUCCAGACACCAAAACAAUUUUAUCUAAAUUACGUUGUUAUAGUGCCAGGAGAUCUCCAUGUGCAGUCUUACCUUCAGUGGUUAAACAGUUUUCAUACGGUUUAACCCUGAAUCGGUCUCCAGUGGCUAUACCACCAUAGGUUGAUGGUAGCAGACACCAAAUAUCCACAAAAUGGACAUUAGCUAGCCAGGAACACACAUUCUGGGUUGGCUAAUGAUGCCGCUGUAGAUGGAAUUACUGAAAUCAUGCAUGCACAGACAGUGGCGUACACACAAUCCACGGGGCCCCGGUGCAAAACUAAACCAUGGGUCCCCCUUCUGGAGUGACUUCUUCCAAGCUGUGAUGUCAUCACAGAGGGCCCGGUUGCACUGUUGAAGCGCCGCAGCGCUGACCAGGCCCCCUCGAAAUCCAUACCCAUCGGGUACCCAUCGGGUGGCCCUAACAGCAUGUGCGGCCGGCUGGGGCCGCGAAACAUUGCGACUGGUACCUGGUUGCAGGGGUCCGCAGGGCGGCCAGUCCCCCUGGAGUGACGGGCCCGGUCUGUGCUGUGACCCUUAUAUGUACGCCACUGCGUACAGACUACAAGUUCCAUGACCCCUUUAACUCAUUUAACUACAUAUAAAAAUGUAACUAAAAACUACAAAAUUGGUAACAGUUUGGCUCGCACAACAUACAUAGAUGAAAUGUUUUUGGUGAUUUCAUGUCAAUUAUUUUGUGCAUCGGUUGCACUUUAAGAUAUACGGGUUUUGUUUUUUGUCACUUCUAUUGCAAUAGUUUAUUUUACCGGAAAGCCUGUUAUAUUCACUUAAAAUGAACUACAUAGGAAGUUCAGUAUGCUCUCAGGCUUUUAAGUAAAGAUCCUUAGAUUUAUUUAUUUUCACAUGUUUAAUUAAUGGAAAUGUUUCACUUUCACAUUAGAAAACCACUGUGGCAUGCAAACCUUUAAACAGCUGUGGCCUUUUGCUAGUGGUGAAAUUUAAUUUUAAUAUCAAAGCAUUUUGGUGAAGAUUAAACAAAAAAACAAGUGGUUGUGAUUUAUAAUUGAAUCUCACAAUCAAAUAAAAAAUUCAGUCCCCUUUGGCUCUUCCAUAUUAAAGGCUAUUAAGCAAACAUUUGAUUUUAAACAAUAAUAGCUGAACUUAUCUUCAAAAAAAAUUUCAAUACAUUUUGAGGUAGUCAAUGUUUCGCUUAAUUAAAUCAGUUAAUGCUUAUUCUCUAAUAAAUGGGAAUACAGUAUAAAUUUGUUCUAUUAGUUAAUAACAUCCUAUACAUAUUAAAAUGUAAUAUACUUUUUACUUUAUUAAUGUAACUUAUGUUUGUUUUGCUUCUUAAACGUAACCUUCUCCCUCACCAUGCCAACAAUGUUUACUUUUUUGGUCCAAAAAUAUUGAUGUGAGGGCUCUGGGAGUUGUAGUUCAGAUGUUGACUCCAUACUGUAUAAAUCCAACUGCUGAACUACAUAUCCCAUUGCUGCACACAUAAAGCACUGCUAGUAGUGUAGCCCAGAAGAACUAUAGAAAUUAAAGUGUCCACAAGCCAUAUUUUGGUUUGAGGGGAGCUCACUGCAGAAGCUGCAAAGACUGCUGUUUGCAGAAAAUGCAUGAACUUCGAAUGCGCAUAUCCUUUUUUUUUUGUUCUCGUCAAAAGCACUGUGAUAAUAAUGGCAAGUCAAUUGUGAAAUAUAUAUCAUUCUACAUACUGGGCCACGUUUGUUAUUGUACUAAACCAGUUUGUUCCGUUGUAGGUCUUUCUAGGAUUUUAAAAAGCAGGAUGGAAAUGACAAAGAACCGCAUUGUCGACUGGGCAUUGGCUGAGUAUAUGGCAUUUGGCUCUCUACUAAAGGAGGGAAUUCAUGUCCGGUUAAGUGGGCAGGAUGUGGAACGGGGGACUUUUAGGUAAGCUUUUAUGUUAAGUUUGUUUCUUUCAGUUCAGUUUGCUUUGCUUGUUACAUUUUGCUGUACAGAAUACUUUUUCUUUUUGGGGUAUUACAUUUCCUUUUUGGGAUAUCAAUACAAAAAGUAGAAAGUUUGUUUUACAAACUGGUCAGAUCAUUCAUUGAGAAGCGAAAGAAAGAUUCAGCUCAUGCAAUAUAUUGAGUUUCACAUUUUUCAGGAAGCUAAGUAAUGUAACAACUACAGUUCACAGUUGUGGGUACAUUGACUAGAGGGCCAUGUUGCUGUUUAGCAACAGUUUGGUGUAAGUUGGGGCUCUACUUGAUACCCAGUUACUGCCCCAUCUCAGGUGACUUGAAUAUUAACACAUCCGUAUUAUCAAGGUCAAUUUUGUCCAAUCUGGAUAACAUAUAUUAACACAAAGAAACUAGUCCUGCGCUCAAACUCCCAUUAGAGAUAUUUUUGCCAGAAGCUCAAGGAAGUAAGGUGAAUGGUUAGAGUUAGGACCCACCUAAGAGGUCUGCCUUGACGUGGCAGGUGGGCAGACCCUCUCAUGGCCAUUGGAGGUAACUAAAAACCUCAAUUUGUUUAAAAGUACAUAGGGAUGUGGAAAGAGCACAGGUAACUUUUUUUUUUUUUUCUUUGGACAACAUAUAUUGACUGCAGUGGUGGAAGCAGGUUAACACUGUGCUCUCAGCCAAUCAAUGUCUUCCAAAUUGGAAUGAAAAUGUAAUAGAAAAUGCAGAAGUGUUAAUUCUGCAUUAUUAAUGCAGCUUAUAUUGGGGGCAGUCACAGGUCUAUGAGGAGAGUCUAGGUUACAUAUAAUUUUUUUAUACUUGAAUCCAAGGGAUGGCUAAGCACUAAGUUUAUGCAUCCUGAUAUAAAUGGGUUCUAGCCUAAAUUUAACAUGGGAAAUAAAUGCGAUAGCUGCAUUGCUCAAACUAGUUUUAAAAACUUCCAAGAGACACUUCCACAGUGUAUAUAUUUGUGAGGACACCUGUGUGGGUGAUUUGUGUAAGGUGGGGUACUUCAUUUUGCCAUGGCAAAAAAACUGCUCCACAAUAUGAUUUUGGAUCAUCUGUAAUAAUGAGAAGAGUAUCUACAUUCAUGUUAAUAGGUGCACACUUAUUACAAUAAACCGAUUAGGGCAUGAACUGGCAUUCCAGAUUGGCAUCAGUGUUCGCAGAUUCUCUUAUCAAUGUUCUAAAUUACAAAUCAAUUUUCGUUUGUGUCUGUGAAAUGUCAGAGUGGGAGAACUCUGCUUUUAAUUUACUUAACCCUGUACCAUUCCACCUGCCCUUAAUUAUGCUAUUAAUCGGAACGUAUUAAAGGCAGCAAUUUGUCCCUGACAUACAUUAACGUGUGGGAGGAUGCGCAGAGUCUAUUGCUUUUAUUCUGUUAGACACUAGUAGCUAUGUAGUCAGUAUUACACAUAAUAGGUAUUAUCAGUGUAAUAGUUAAUUUAGCCUCAGUGCUUACAGAGUCGAACAUAUUGGUGUGAUUCAGUCAGUUAGCCUCACACAUUACUCAGGGAGUUAAUGGAUUACAGUAAUUGCCUCAAGUCAUCUCUGUUUUCAUAAUGUGCCUCAGUGUCCCAUUCUAAUGCUGAUUAAUGAAACCUCAGUGCACUGUAGGAGGAGGGGUGGACCCUCAGCACUUCUGAUGUACUCGGCGUGUGUAAUGAGUGUGUCCGCUCAAAAAGGCAAAGUGCAAUAUUGUUAAGGUAUUGGGUUGUUGGUUAAUGGAUAAAAACAUACUUUACUAAUUGUUCUUCUGCAAUUACAAAUGUUUUUGUUUUGAUUGAACAAUUGCUUGAUUAACGUCACUGGAAUUUUUUUUUGUUUUGAUAAUUAUUUUGUUUGUGCAGCUAAUAAAGUUGGUGCAUCAAUUAUUGAGUGUUAUGUUAUUUUUUUUGGUUAUAUUUUUUUAUUUUGUCUUUGUGGAUUUUUUUCAAAGCAUUCAGAUAUUUUGUGAUAAAAAGAAAUAUGUGGUUAUAAGGCCCAAAAUUACAAUCUAAUAUGUUCUGUUUAUUUAUGACAUCAUUCGAUAAUUCAAAAUUGCUAUUGUUGAAAAAUCAGCAAUGAUCCAUCCUGGCGGUCCCAGUGAGGCAACUAGGACAGCGCCCCUUUCUUCUGCCGUAGGUGGGAUUUCCAUUAUUCAAUUCUUAAAGUCUUAUCCUGUGAAUGAACAGAUUGACAGACAGCUGUUUGUAUUGACACUGUAUAUAUUUGUAUGGGGCUAUCAAGGGUUAAUAAUGAAAGCAUCAGGCAGCUAAGCCACCCAUCACAUCCUCCAUCUGUCACCUGGACUGUUGGAUGGGGGUACGUAGCUUAGUGAGUGGGAUCUUGCUAUUGGUGCCGUACUGCAAAUCAAAAGGCAAUCUUUACUGAAUACCCUUUUUAAUAUGUCAAUCCAAAAGCAAUAUUUAGCGAAUAAAUACUUUUUAAGAUGCCAGUUUGUUUCAAACCUUUUUUUAUUUUUUUUAUUUAAUUGGUUGCAAGGUAGAAAUACAUAAGCAACAUCUGGACAUUGUUCAUACAGUUUAACCCCUUAAGGACCAAACUUCUGGAAUAAAAGGGAAUCAUGACAUGUCAGACAUGUCAUGUGUCCUUAAGGGGUUACGCAAGCUCUGAAUGAGCCUGAACGAUGUCUGGAUUUUAGCUGGAUCAAAAGCAGACAGACUGCUGAAAUCCAGAUCAGGAAGGUUAAAAUGUCAUCUCUGAUGCUUAAAAUCAGGGGCCUGGGUUUUAAAAAUGUGAACAAUUUGCCUGGAGGCAGUGCAAGGGUUAAGUUCUGUGGUGGCGGGCAAGAGCUUGCUAGCCAGCACCACAUUAAAUAUUAAUAUAAAUAUAUAUAUAUAUAUAUAUAUAUAAGCCUAUGGGGCCAAUAUGUCUACAAGACCGUAAGCAGCCAGCAGCUGUUUUCUAUUAUUAAAGCAUAAAAAUGCACUGUAAAAUACCUGUCAAUGGUCACCCCAUGCCUGCCCAUGGGCAUCUGAUGCGGACUUGAAAUUUAAUAAUGGGGAUGGACAGGUUACUGUUCACCCACCUACUCCCAGACAUGGCCAGUGAAUGGAAGCUCAGUAAAGAAAGAGGGGAAAAAAACAUUUAGUAAGUGAGCACAGGUGUGGCCUUUUCUCUAAUAACUGUGGAAUAUCUCACUCACCAUCCAUGAACGGCUGGUAGGGGCUUUAACCAGUGCAAUAUUGUUAAGGUAUUGGGUUGUUAAGGUACAAAGCUGUUUUCCUCUGCCUCACCCAUGGAUGACAAGUAGUUACGAAUUGUAAAGAAGGGGAGGACAUGCCAACCCCUACCUCUCACUCAGGGCCGCCACCAGAAAUUUUGGGGCCUCUAACUCAUCUCAGGGUCUGGGCCCCCUGGGGCCCGCCUCCAAAUACAGCCCACAGGGUCCGCCUGCAAAUACCGCCCACAGGAAUACACACACUGAUACAAAAGUACACAGAUACAUACUAACAGACACACAUACUGAAACAGACACGCAUACAGGCAUACAUACAGACACACAGGCAUGCAUAGUGACAGACAGACACAUACAUACACACAUACAGACAUACAUACAUACAGACACUGACAUCCAUACACACAUACAUUCAUAAUGACAUACAUUCAGACUGACAUACAUGCAUAUAUACAGACAUACUGACAAACUUGCAUACAGACAUCCAUACACACAUACACACAGACAUACGUUCAUAAUGAUAUGCAGACAUACAUUGAUACUGACCUACAUAUAUACAUACAUAAUGACAUACAUUGAUACUGGUAUACAUACAUAUAUACAGACAUACAUUCAUUUAUACAGACAUACAUUGAUACUGGCAUACAUACAUACAUACAGACAUAUAUACAUACAGACAGACAUACAGACACAUAUACAUACAUACUGACUGACAUAUAUACAUACAGACAUACUGACAGACACUGAUACAUGCAGACAUACAGACAUACAUUCAUAAUAACAUACAUACAUAGAUACACAGACAUACAUACAUAGACAUACAGACAUACAUACAGACAGACACAGACAUACACACACACAGCUCAUUUUCCAGCCACCCUCCUGUCUCUUACCUUUUCGUUGCAGGAGGGUGGCUGGGGCCGAUUGGAGUAGUAGGAUGGCUCUCCCUCUUCACUGCUGCGCGCUCCUCCCGUGCGGAGUGAACUGGGAGGAAGUGACCACUUCCUCCCAGCAGCACUUGCUACGGCUGCUUUUUUUUUUUUUUUAUAACACGGCCACAGUGCUGACUGGGUCCCUGAAGUAGUGGGCCACCCGAUGGGCCCCAUCAGCGAGCGGGCCCCGGUGCAAGUGCACCGGCGGCAGUUCCGCCGCUACACGUGGUGCCCGGGCGGCCGGACCCCCCAGGGCCGCCGGACCCGUAACAACCCCCUGAUGACGGCCCUGCUCUCACUCAUAGGCUUCAGAUAGGCAUAUUAAAACAAAGGGAGGAUGGGCACAUUAUUUUCCAUCCCUCCCACCCAUAAGCUUUGGAUGGAAGGUGAGAUUAAUGAUAGAAGAUGAAGGCGUGACAUGUCAUUGUCCACCACCCAAUAGGAUUUGGCCAAAGAAAUGCUCCCCUCCCCUGGUGGCUAGAUGGAUCCCAAGCACCUUGCCAUGUAGCAAUAAAAAUAUCCCUACCUGAAGGGCAAAGUCUGACCUCAAGCUAAGAUGCUUAAAAUGUGAGCUACAUCUCCUGCGGACACUACUAAUGCCUACAACAGUUGCAGCAGAGUAAAACACAGAGGGGAACUUACCCCAGAUCACCCUUCAGUUACUUCACCAUUGGCGAGUAAAGAAAAUGCAAGGAAUCCACUUCAUCGGUGGCCUCACUGUUUCGCCCUCAGAGGGAUGACUAUUUUAGGGCCCAGUAGAAUCCAACUUGGAGUCUGCAGCUAUUCGAUAGCCCACAAAUUUCCUACCAGUUACAAAACUUGAUCUCCAACUCAUGCUACAAGACACCACUAAAGAUAUCAAAAGUUACCUAGGAUCCAAGUUAAAUCGCCAGCUUACUGGAAUAUGAUCACAACUCAAGGAUCUGGCCACGAGGACACAUCAGAUGGAGGUUAAGAUGGAUGAAAUGAUUGAAGUGGUCAACUAUCACAACCAACAACUUACCUUGAUAAAAUCCUCACACUAGAGGACAGGUUUGAAUACUUACACAAUUGGCCACACAGGAAAAAUAUCUGGAUUAGUGGACUGCAGAAAACUACUACACUAAAACUCUACCUCCCACAGUAAGGAAAAUGAUUUUGUCUCUCCUCACAGAGGCCUCCUCACAGGAGUUAUACAUUGAACGAGCACACAGGGCACUGCACUCGCUCUUAACACCACGGCUCCUUGAGAUGUAAUUGUUAUUCCAUUAAGGAAAAGCUAAUGGCAUAUCUCCCCUCCAAUGUUUGGGAGUGUGACCAUGGUUUUUUUUAUCAGUACUUAUCACCGAUCACACUUCUAAAGCAAAGGGAACUCCACCCUGUUACAAUGGCUAUCACCCAACAAGGCAUUCAGAUUGUUAGUUUACAAAGACAAAAAGCUACACAUACUCUGAUAUCAAACAGACCGAAAGCCUUUGUAUCCACCUUACUAUGCAACCAAAUCCAAACCUUCCUCGACUAGGAUUAGGAACAGGCUGCAUCUUAGGAGAAAGCUGCCAUCAACCAAAUCUUGAAAUUCACCCAGUGACACUCCCUGAACAUUUGCACAACAACCAUGGUGGAUUCUCUCUAAGUGAAGAAUGAGGAUAAGUCUCCUCAGAUCAUAUGCAGGCAUCAGAGGUGAUUAGGGUGGUCUUGGGGCUGCAGGGAUGGAUUGACCAGCGAUACCCAUAGACAUUCAGCCCAUCAAGGAGUAGAGCAUGGUGAAAGUACCACAUUUUCUCUUUUGUUAUUCCUAAUAAUCUGUGGUUGAUGGGGUUCCUAAAAUAUGGAGGCAGUGGUUUUUCUCUCCUUUUAUGGCCCCUCUCCCUUUUCUCUUUGCCCUCUCACUUUCCCUGUCCCUUUGCACCUGGAUAUCAACAUAAGGAUUGCAUGAAUAUCUAAAAGUUGACAAAGGUUUACAGUCUAUACAAAUGACAAAUUCUGUGAGACAACUUGGCACGAUAGACAUAUGAUACAUCAUAUAUGUGCAUUACCAUUAUGGCAUACCAGUGCAUAAUUAUGACAAUGUUAUUAUUACAUUUUAAAGCGAUAUUUAUAUGCAGGUGGUGCAGUGUAUGCAAUCACCAAGGUAGUAGAGGUUACAUAGUUACAUAGCUGAAAAGAGACUUGCGUCCAUCAAGUUCAGCCUUCCUCACAAAUGUUGUUGCUUUUGAUCCAAAAGAAGGCAAAAAACCUGGUCUGAAGCGCUUCCAAUUUUGCCACAAACUAGGAAAAAAUUCCUUCUUGACCCCAAAAUAGCAGUCAGAUGUCUCCUUGGAUCAAGCAGCUAUUACCCCACUAAUUAGAAAUUAUAUCCCUGUAUGUUAUGUUUUUGUAAAUAUUUAUCCAAUUUCAGUUUAAACAUCUGUAUGGACUCUGACAAAACCACCUCUUCAGGCAGAGAAUUCCAUAUCCUUAUUGUUCUUACCAUAAAAAAACCUUUUCUUUGCCUUAGAUGAAAUCUCCUUUCUUCCAGCCUAAAUGUGUGACCUCGUGUCCUAUGUAUAGCCCUGUUUAUGAAUAGAUCUUCCAGAUAAAGGUUUGUACUGGCCCCGAAUAUAUUUGUAUAAAGUUAUCAUAUCCCCUCUCAGGCGCCGUUUUUCCAAAUUAAACAGAUUUAAUUUUUUUAACCUUCAUAACUAAAAUGCUCCAUUCCUUUUAUCAAUUUUGUAGCUCGUCUCUGGACCCUCUCCAGUGCCAUGAUAUCCUUCUUUAGAACAGGCGCCCAAAAUUGCACAGCAUAUUCAGGGUGUGGUCUUACCAGCGAUUUAUAAAGAGGCAGAAUUAUAUUUUCAUCCCGAGAAUUUAUGCCCCUAUUUAUACAUGACAAAAUCUUACUGGCCUUAGCAACUGCAGAUUGACAUUGCAUAUUGCUGCCUAAUUUGUUGUCUAUAACAAUUCCCAAAUCCUUCUCGUGUGUGAUUAUCCCUAAUUCACUACCAUUUAGUGUGUAAGUUGCUUGUGCAUUCUUAACCCCGAAGUGCAUAACUUUGCAUUUCUCUAUGUUAAAUUUCAUCUGCCAUUUUAGUGCCCAGUCCCCAAUCUAUCCAAAUCUCUCUGCAGCAAAGCAAUAUCCUGCUCACAUUUUAUUACUUUACAAAGUUUUGUGUCAUCUGCAAACACUGAUAAAUGGCUUUCAAUGCCUAUUUCAAGAUCAUUUAUAAAUAUGUUAAAUAGAAGUGGUCCCAAAACCGAACCCUGAGGGACACCACUUACCACUUUUGUCCAGCCUGAAAAUUUACCAUUAAUUACAACUUGUUGUACUCUAUCCUUAAGCCAAUGUUCUACCCAAGAACAAGAAUAUUCAUCUAGACCAAUUUCUUUUAGUUUGAAGACUAACCUAUUGUGAGGAACCGUAUCAAAUGCCUUGGCAAAAUCCAAGUAGAUCACAUCCACUACAACACCCUGAUCUAUACUUCUACUUCUUCGUAGAAUGCAAUUAGGUUAGUUUGACAUGACCGAUGUUUCAUAAAACCAUGCUGAUUAUUGCUAAUAACAAAGUUCUUCCCAAUGAAUUCCUGAAUAUUAUCCCUUAAUAGCCCUUCAAAUAUUUUCCCAGUUACAGAAGUUAAGCUCACAGGUCUAUAAUUUCCAGGCAAGGAUUUUGAACCCUUUUUAAAUAUAGGAACAUCUGCCUUCCUCCAAUCCUCCGGUACAACACCUGAAACAAAAGAAUCUUGAAAAAUUAAAUACAGAGGUUCACUUAUUUUCCCACUUAGUUCCUUAAGUACUCGUGGGUGAAUACCAUCAGGCCCCAGAGCUUUAUUUACAUUAAUUUUCUUUAAUAGCUGUAGCACCUUGUCUCGAGUUAUCCAAUCACAAGUUAUUUGCAAGUUUUUUGCAGCAAUCAUUUGCAUAUCUCUUGCCAUAGGAUCCUCAUUAAUAUAUACUGAAGAAAAAUAGUUAUUUAAAAUUUCUGCUUUUUCCUGGUCUUCAUUAGCUAAUAAACCCAACUCUGUUUCAAGUGUACCUACACUUUCAUUUUUUUGUUUUUUUAGAAUUGAUGUACUUGAAAAGAAUUUGGGGGUUGGUUUUGCAUUCUUUAGCCAUCACUUUCUCAUUUUAUAGUUUAGCUACUUUAAUUGCCUUUUUGCAAACAUUAUUGGCUUCCUUAUAUCUUAAAUAGGAUGCCUUUGAUUUGUCUGAUUUAAAUGCUUUAAAUGCACUUUUCUUAUUUUUAAUCUCUUGUUUUACUUCUCUAAUAAGCCACAUUGGUUUUAAUUUGUUUCUUUUAUAUUUAUUGCCCAGUGGUACAUACUGAGAAAUGUACCUUUCUAAUAUUUGUUUGAAUAGUUUCCAUUUAUUCUCAGUGUUUUUAUCACUGAGGAGUUUAUGCCAGUCGAUAUGUUGUAGAGCUGCCCUAACCUUAUUGAAAUUGGCUUUUUUAAAUGAUAUGUUUUAGUAUACCCCACUUGCUUUUGCUUUUUUGAGUUUAUUUCAAAAUUUACCAUAUUGUGAUCACUAUUUCCCAAAUGCUCCCUUACUUGAAUGUUGGUUAAAAGAUCAACAUUGUUUGUUAUGACAAGAUCCAGACAAGCAUCCUUUCUAGUUGGUGCUUGUACCAGUUGUGACAUAAAGGUGUCAUUUAACACAUUCAAAAACCUGAUGCCCCUUGCUGAAGUACUAGUCCCUCUUUCCCAAUUUAUGUCUGGAUAAUUAAAAUCUCCAAUAAUUAACGUGUUACCUUGUGAUGGGAUCACAAAGAAUACUCGGAUCCAGAAAAUUCUAUUACUCUGCCACUUAAAUGUAACAUUAACGUUACAUUUACCUUAUGUUUUUCAAUAACAAGACAUUUGCAAACAUGUGACAACAAACAAACCUAUGAUUUAAUUUGGCAUGUAACUCAUCACCAGAUCCCCACUCUUUGGCUUUUGUUAGAUGCAAAUAAAGCAUUUAAUAGACUCCUAUUGCCAUUUUUAUUAACUAUCCAAACCAAAUUUGGGUUCCCCAACCAAUUCCUUAACCCUCUGUCCGGCAUCUAUAGCAAUCCUACAACUAAACUCCUCAUCUCACAUACUAUACCUCCAACCAUCCAAAUCCACAAUGGAACACAACAUAGUUGCCCCCUAUAACCUUUGUUGUUUUGUUUGUUUUCAUUGGGAUCCUUUUUGCAAUUAGUAUGGGACAAUCCUUCCAUUACCGGGUUUAAAAUCUGAGAUCAAGACUAUAAAAUAGCGGAAUAUGCAGACAUUAUCCUCUUAAAUCUAACUGAUCCUCUGGGCUCACUCCCGGAACUCUUUUCACUAUUCGAGUCAUACUUCCAAGUAUUUCGAUAUUAAGAAAAUACGGAUAAACUGAAACUUUGACUUUAAUAUCUUCAGAUCCACGCAAAGGUACCUUCAAGUUUAAGAAUUCCUAUAUACAAUAUCUCAGAAUCAAACUACCUACAGGCCUAGCUCGAACAUACACAUUAACCCCGUAAGGUCCAAACUUCUUGAAUAAAAUGGAAUCAUGACAUGUCACACAUGUUAUGUGUCCUUAAGGGGUUAAACUACCUCCAUUGCCAGGUUACCAGGUAAUGAAAGACAUUGAAACAAGGCAUAAACUAUCCAUUUCUCGGAUUGGGUACAUAGCUUCAGUAAAAUGAACACACUCCUUACAUUUUUUUUUCUUAUAUCAGAGUUUCCAGAUACCACUCUCGAUCAAAGUAUUUGAGCAUAUCCAAAGUAGGACCAUUUUAUAUGGGCGGGAAAGAAACCUAGGGUAAAAUGAUCAUCUCUGCAUGCUCCUACAAAGUCAGGUGGGCUUUGAUUACCUUCACUACUAUCAUGCCACACAGCUGGUGCAAAUACAACAAUUACAUGCUCCAAUUGUAGUUAAAAGGUGGAUAGACUUAAAACACAGUAUUUAGAGACUUUCCCUUGUUAUACCUAAUGGCUCCCCAAACAGGGAAAACCACUGAUCACCUCCACAAACCCAGCUUUAUAUAUAGCGAUAAAUAUUUAGGGCAUUAUGACACGUAAAUUCCUCUUCUCCUCUUACACCCUUAUUUAGAAACAGACUAUUCCCUCGAGUAUAUCACCACAUCAUUUUGCAAGAUUUGAAGACCAUUGUAUUAAUUAGAUUUUUAUUGUAUGUGUUAGGGCUGUACUAUAGUCAUUGCUGCUACCCAGGAGUAGUGGGAGUCUAAGUGGGGCCUAGUUUUGUAUAUUUGUACUUGCAGGGGGUGGAGUGCCCCUUUAAAUUAAACGAAGUAGCAUUACAUCCAUCAGCACAUGGUGCUUCCUGCAAUUUCCAUUAUUAUCUUGCUACCUUUUAACAAUUAGUGAGGGACCCGAGGGUAGCUCUAUACUAGAUUCAAUUUUUAAAUAUUCCUCCAUCCCAUUUCACAAGGGUUUGGAGGGAGAUAAUAGCGGGCAACCAGGCUGCCUGCCACUUCUGUUAUUAACCCUUCACACGUCAGCUGUGCAAUCAACAUUUUCUCUUUUGCUUCCAUUAAAUAAUGUGCUAUGAUCUAUGCCUAUUGAAACAAAAAAAUAAAUUAAAACAUUACUUUCCAGGGCACCCAAAAUACUCGGAUUCUUGUUGUCACGGCAAGGGUGCAUAAUUCAUUGUUGCACUAUGAAAUAUUGUCAUUUAUUGUAAUUUGUGUACUGCAUAGAUGAUGCAGCUUCUUGGUAGAUGUGGUAUUGUCAAUUCCAAAAGGGGUUAAUUUGAUUGUAUGGGACGGCAGAAGGUUUACAGACUAAAUUCCUCUUUGAAGCUGGGACUCCAACAGAGCUACUCUGUAAGGUGUGAGAAGUCACACAUAAGUAACCUGGAAGUCUGGUUUAAAUUUAAGUAUCCUAUUCAAAAGAAACAUUAAUACUUACCCACAGAUUAAUAAUUAAGCCUUAUUUUUAUUAGAUUUUGAAUGGGACAACACAAUCUUCUAAUCAAGCCUAAACAUGAUUUGCGUAACUUAACCACAGCAGAAAGGAUUGUGAUGUCUACUGUAUUGGGUCACAAGUAAGGAGUGUGACAUAUCUACGGAAUGUUAAAAUGGUAACAAAUUCAUAGAUGCAAUUAUUUCUGUGGCAAGUACAUAAGAGAAGAUAGAACCAAAUGUUUACAUUUGGAUUGAUGUUGGUCUGGAACACAAGGGGAUGAUCACUUUUAGUUACUAUAGGUACGCCUUAUCUCCGCCUCUGGAUGAGGCUUGGUAAUCUACAGGGUAUAUAUCUAAUGAUACUGAAGUGUGUAUUGUACUUGCUUGCUAAUUUUGAGUGAGUCACCAUCUUCCUUGCCAGAGACCCCUUGGCUUUACUUUGAAAACCGAGUAAGUGAUUUUAUCCAUUUUGGUUUUAUCUAUUGUUGGUGUAACUAAUUUGAUUGUCUUCUAUAUUUUUGUAUGCACUGUGGCUAUUUUUUGCUCAUAAUAAAUAUUCAUUUAUUAAGCUCUGCCUUUGUCUGGUAAAGAAUCAUGUUACCUGAAGAGACUAAUUAGUGUUUUGCAAUUGCUUAAAUAUUGUGCUAAGUUGUAUUUGGUGGGUUUUUAUUAUUAAGUUACCUGGGUGACCAAAGCACCCCAUUUAUAAAUUGUCUUGGUGGUGUCAGCAUUAAAAUAGUAAUAUUUAUAUUAUUAUGGUUAAGUGUGGGUGGUGUUAAGUGGGAUAUUAUCAUUAUUUCCGAUCUAGUGCAGACAAAUAGUGAGCUUUAACCCUUUCACCACCGCACUCUUGAAGUAAGGUGCGUUCAUGACACUCAUGUGGUGUAUUUUUCUUGUUUAAUGCUGUCAUUAACCAAAGCUUGAUCAUCAAAGGGUCAGCAAAUUUAAAUCUUAAUGAAUCUAUUGUUUUAACUCACCACUUGUGAUUGAAUCCAAUUUGACAGCUGUGUCAUGGCAGAAUGCAAGUUAGCUAAGAUUCUUAUGCUAACAGCCAGGGCUUCCAUCCAAAUACUUGGGGCCCCUUACAAAUCCAUUGUAUUGCUAUAUAUGUAUAAGGUUCAACAAUUCAGGAUAUGACACCAAUUGAGUGGAUGAAUAAUAAAGAAUUAAGUCAUAGAUCACAGAGUAAUGCCAAAAAUCAACAUUGAAGCACAUCUUAGGCUGGGAAACUCCAGUCAGACUCUUCCAAGAGUAAAUAAAUCAGGAAAAUUCCUGCACAGCACAUCGGCUUACAGUCAUGUGAAAAGACACCUGUACUUUGUUUGGAAGAUUCUGGAAAUCUGGGCAAUAUGCCCAGAAUAUUGUAACAUCAUAUGUUACUGAAGGUUUUAACUAAAUGGCUAAAUAAAUAAUAAAUUGAUGUUCUCACCCCUCCUCGGUGGUAUGUUUAUUCCUCAUUCUCGGGUCCUCUACCAGAGGCGUGGGAAUUUGAAAGUUCUGCUCAGUAUCUUAGCUGUUCUUAGAACUGCACUCUUCUGGACAGCGAUCUCAGAUGUCCCACCUGGAAUCUGUUGAAGCCACUCCCCCAACUUGGGAGUCACAGUCCCGAGUACUCCUAUCACAGCUGGGACUACUACUGCCUUCACUUUCCACAUCCUUUCUAGUUCUUUUUUCAGUCUUUGGUAUUUGUCCAUCUUCUCAUAGUCAUUCUUCCUGAAUUUAUAGUCUCUGUGUAUUGCCACAUCCACCACAACUGCAGUCUUUUGUUCCUUGUCUACCACCACGAUGUCUGGUUGGUUGGCCAGCACUUGCUUGUCUGUCUGGAUCUUGAAGUCCCACAGGAUCUAAGCCCUGUCAUUCACAACUACCCUUUGUGGUAUCUCCCAUCUGGACUUAGGCAGGUCCAAUCCAUAUUCUGUGCAGAUGUUUCGGUACACAAUCCCAGAAACUUGGUUGUGUCUCUCCAUGUAUGCUGUUCCUGCUAACAUCUUGCAUCCGGCUACUAGGUGUUGAACUGUCUCAGAGGCCUCUUUGCACAGUCUUCACUUUGGGGCUUGCUUGGUGUGGUAGACUCCAGCUUCUAUUGAUCUGGUGCUGAGUGGCUGUUCCUGUGCUGCUAGGAUUAGUGCCUCAGUGCUGUCUUUCAGUCCUGCCUUUUCCAACCACUGGUAGGCUUUUGAUAUGUAAGCCACAUCCACUACCUGCCGGUGGUACACCCCAUGGAGAGGUUUGUCUUGCCAAGGAACCUCCUCUUUUUCUGCAUCCUUAAUCUGUGGAAGUCUCAGGCAUUCCCUUAGCAGUUCAUCUUCGUGAUUAACUUGUGGAUGCUCUGUGUUUCAUCCAGGACUGUGGCCUUGACACUCAUCAGGCCCGGCCUCCUUCCUUCCGGCAAAUGCACAGGCUUUGGGUGCUGGAUUUGAGGUGGAAUCCUCCAUUCAUAGAGAAUAGAUUCCUGGUCUUGACAUCCAUGGUGACCAGUUCUUCUCUUGGCUAGGUUAUUAUUCCAGCUGGGUGCCUGAUGACCGGUAGGGCAUAUGUGUUGAUGGCUUGGAUCUAGUUCUUGCCAUUGAGCUGGGACUUCAGGACCUGUCUGACUCUUUGGAGGUACUUGGAUGGUGCUAUCCUCUUUGCCUCUUCCUCAUGGUUGCCAUGCGUUUGUGGUAUCCCCAUGUACUUCCUCUCCUUCUGUCCUGAUCAUAAAUUACCAAUACACCCAGUGGCUAGGCCAUCCCACCCACUCAUACAUGCAUAAUCACACAAAUGCACCCUGACACAUAGAUAUCAUGUGACCACCAACUCUUUGAAAAGCAUUCUAUUAGCAUAACACACCUGCGAAUGCACAGUAUGACCCCAAGCAUUGAAUUAUUUACUAGGGAGAAUAUCCCGGGAGCUUUAGUGUUCCUUUUAAUCCUUCAAAAUCUAAAAUAUAUGAUUAAUCCACUGCUAAUUCAGUUAAAUCUGAUAAUUUGUACAAACCCUUUAAAUCCUAUUAGGAAGGAAAGCACUAUCUGUAAGAUUAUAAAAUCUAGCUCAUGGUCAUAACUUGAACGUUUACAGUAUCAGACUGAUUGAAUAUCUCUUAGUUCCUCUUCUGACAGCUGGUCAGUAGAACGUAGACAUAGAUAUCAAAUCCAUUGUGUUACAAGUCUCUGCAUUUGCCCAAAGAGCUGCUCUAGUGGAUCAAAAAUUAGCGAAAGGUUUAUACCCAUGAAAGCAGCAGGUGCUGGCUAAAGAUGUUUAAAUUAAGUCCAGGUGUAAUUUUCAUCCAGCUAGAUAUGCAAAGCGUAAAUUGAGGGCAUUGGAAUUUUAAUAAAAUUGGAAUUUACUGCUAAGCAGAAUAUUUUACUAAACUACCUAGGGCUCUGUUUAAAUAUAAAUACAAUUAUACAAUAUUUUGAUGAUUAAUUUAAUUAAAAAGUCUGCCUCAUUAACUGUUAGCUGGCAAUAAGUAUAAAGGGAUUUAUGAAGAUCAUAGAUGGUGGUAAUGUUUCAUUAGUUGUGUUUUUCCCUAAAGUACCAGUAUACUGUUUAAAUAUUACUAUAUAGCAUAGAAUAGGAUGGAAUCAUGCUAAAAGAAUGCAACAAUCUUUAAAAUACUCCAGAUCCACUAGCCUUUUUUAUUGGUCAUCUCGACAUAUACACAAUAACAAAAAUAUUGUCAGUAAUUUAUAGCUUGCAGAAAAUAUGAGCACAUAAACUUCAAAAAAUAAAUUAUUUAGAUAGGCUAUGAUGUCAGAAAAAAAGCCUGCCAUAUAAUAUCUUAAACAGGGCUUUUCUUUCCAGGAUCCUCUGUGCCUGAGAGAUAAUUGCAUGAGAAAAAAGCUAUAACUUAAUAAUCUUUCAGGUACAGAAAAAUAUGCAAUAUUUUAAAACACCCCAAAAAUACAUUUUAAUAACUUCAAAAUCCCACGAAAGUCAUAUAACCGAAUAGCUUGAAUCUGAGCGCACACUUUGCCGAAAUAGCACUCCGAUCCCUUCGUUAGUUCGGGAAUGCCAUUCGAAUGAAAUUUUGACCUGUCGGCAACGAGGGGAUGCUCCAAAACCGUUCCCUAGAAAACAAGGCAGCGACAGGUCAUCUUUCUGGGGUUCUCGCACGAACACUGAUGAAUCCAUUCCCAGGCUGUUGGGGUACGAAUGCUCCCCUGUUCGGUAGUUGGAUUCCUGAACGCUGUUCUCCUAAUUGUUCGGAAAGUUGGUACUAGUUUACCGGUUGUUCACGGGUUUGUGUAUUCGAAAACAGUUCCAUGCUAUUGACGAGCAUGUUGUGCUGCCCAGGUUCGGGAGACAAAAGGGCUGCCCAUUAUUUGCACGUGCAUUCAGUUAUACGAACGGCGGCCACACAGGGAACACUUGAACUAAUAACUAAUAUGUGGUUAACAGCCAGGGUCAGUCAAUGAUUAAAAGGUGCGAACAAGGGGCCACACAGAGAGGGGGUUUGGUAAACGAUCAGGGGUAUAUGGACAGCUGAACAAAGGUGAAUAAAAGUAUAUUUGGGUUCUCCGUUCCACUACAUAUAUGUUCUUUUUUUCUUCAUUAUACUAUAGGAAAACCAAAAUGUUCUAGGAUUCAUCUUCCAAGUUGUCUAUAAUUACGUCCACUGGAAGCUCAUUUCAUUUAUCAAAUGCUUUCUGUCUACUUCUACCUUCACAUGUUUAUCAUUUAUCCUUUACUAACUUCUGUAAUAACUUGCAAUCUUAUUAAAAACAAAAUGGAAUGUUAAUAGAAAAUGGCAGUGUAAUUUGCAGUAAAUGGUGUUUUCCCAUCUUAUUUUAAAUUUAUAUUAAUGAUUUAGCAAUAGACUUUGCAAUCUAGUUGAAUCCUGACACAGCCAGGGCACACAUUCCAUUGAGAAGGAGAAAUCGAAACAUUGCUUUCGAUUCUCGUCCCCUCUCUAUGCUCACAGCCAGGUGGAAACGAUAAAAAAUACAACAAUGAUUGACAUGGAGCAAAGAUUGAUGUGCCCAGUUCCCCAUCAGAUGUAAGUAUUUAAUAUUUACAUUUAUUUAUUAGACAUAUUUGUUAAAUAUAAGGAUCAAUAAAUAUCAUAUUAAAAAUCCUGGUAAAUAAGGGUUCUCCGGUAGUAGUGUUAUUUUGAUGUUUCUGCAUGGAAUCUUCAUAUUUGAAUCUUGCUUGAUGAAACACUUUUUCCUUUUUCAGACCUUGGUGAUCCUUUAUACAUUUUAUGUUUACCUGUGAAUUAAUGCUGGCUCAUCCACAUUUUCUUAACUAUCUCUCUUUCAGUCAUCGGCACCAUGUCUUGCAUGAUCAGGAUGUAGACCGCCAUACUUGUGUACCAAUGAACCAUCUUUGGCCAAAUCAAGCUCCGUACACUGUGUGUAACAGUUCCCUAUCUGAAUAUGGCGUAUUAGGUAAGUUAUAGACAACUGUAAUUUUGUUUAUUAUGUCACAAGUCAUAUUUAAGUCAAGUUUAACCUAUGUUUUAACACCGGAAAAAAUAAUCUGACCACCAAUACUAACUCAUUGGGGGCCAUUGACUGUCUUUGCAACCAUAAUUGUUGGUUCUUUAAGUAAACUAUACCAGAAUGGAAGGACUUGUUAAUUACUGCAAAGCUGUAUAGUGUUGCCCAAAACUAAAUAAGUGGAGCAUUACAUUUUUUGUGUAGCGUUUAGUGGAACCAUACUGUGAUAAUGGCAAAGGCCAUCUUUGAUCAUUAAAAGGUUAGAUUGUGUAUAAUGUCAUAUCCCAAAAGGAAAAAGAGCAACCUGUGUUUAUGUAGGGUCUAAUUCCAAAGUUUCUUAUUGUGGAUCCUUCACGUGUGCUAUGUAAAUUCCAUCCUGAAAAUAUCAGUGACUCAAAUAGAAUUGAGUCACUCAUGCCAACACUAGGGCAUCGGCAACCUUCGGAAUUCCAGAUGCUAUUACAGAUUUAAUACUUGCAAAGAAUUGCGUUACAUAUAGUUCAUAAAUUCUGGAGCGCUAAAGAGAUUAACUACCUCUGUACGAGGGUAUAAUUAAAAACAGAUAAAGAAUUCACCAAUAUGUUUAACCACUUAAGGGCCACAUGACGCUUUCAUGGCCAGUGAAGCAUAGACGUCAUAUAGUAAGAGUAUCAAGGAAUCCCAGGUAUAUUUUGAUACCUGGGUGUCCUUUUGAUCAUCUAGGGCCAGAAUUAGUGGCCCCAGACUGACAUGUGCUCUGUUUGCAGAGGUCAAAGUGAGCAAAAGAUCCGUAUUGCCACGUGCUACUACAGCAAUGCAUUGAUAGCUUCCCCGUCCAGAAGGAGGGGUGCAGACAAGUAUAUUAUUCCACCAGAGAUAAUGACUCUCUCUUCCCUGGCCAAAGGUAAGGCUCAAGUAGGGUGGAAUUAAUUGUUACUUUUUGCAAUUAAACUGUAUAUGUAUAUAAUGUACCCUAUUCCUCCCACUACUGCCCCAUCCACCUUUACCCAUCAAAGCCCCUAUUACUUCUUCCCCUGACUAAAGCACCUAUGCCUCUGCACGCACUACAGCCUACCACCCCUGCACUCUCUACAGUUCCUAUUAUCUCCUGCACCCUCAACUGCCACUGUCCCUCCCCAGCACCCACUUAAGCUCUUCUAAACCUCCCGUUCAGCCUCUAUAUCUCACCCUCCACCUUGCAACUACUGCUAACACGAGUAAGUGGUGGAAAUGAUUAGAACACCCCCAGUUUUGACUUUGGUAUUUUUGGUGUCAUAGUGCCAUUGUCUCAUGUUUUGUUCCUAGACUAUCCACUGCUUAGUUCUGCUUUUACUCUUCAUACCAGCACUAGUGAGAUGACACUUCACUCGCCCCCUACCCACUUCUUUGCCAUACAGUUUGCAAUUUAUUAUUGGAGGCACUGAGAGUGAUCCCAAACAUUGUUUCAUUGGCCCAAUACAGCACCCUUGGCCAUUUGCCUUGCAUCUGCUGAAGAUGCUGAAAGAUUUAGAGCUGUCGCAACAUCUGUUGCUACACUAGCCUCUACACUAGCAUUUGUUGAUUAAUGGGAUGUUGAUGUUGCUGGUACUGGUGAUGUUGACGAUGAUGUUAGUGGUGCUGCUGGUAGUGGUUAUAUUGACAGUGGGUGAGUUACUUGUACCAGUGGAAGCAGGUGCAACUGAUGUAUCAACUGUCUCCACUGGAUGAGACCAUUUUACAACAGAUACUUAUGGACUUGGAGAUGGUAAACAAGAUGCAGGAGGCAAGUGCAGACUAGAUGCUGGAGAAAAUACUGGGCUACUGACUGUUCUUUCCAGACUCUCUGCUUCUAAUUCCUCUAGCUUAUGACACUCAUAGUUGAGUAGCUCCUGAGCUAGAGGUAAAUAUGCUUUGAUUGCAGUGGUGGGGAGAAACAGAACUCUCAUCACUGGAUUCAUCACUGUCACCAUCACCAACACCAGACAAUGAGGACACUACUUUGGUGUUUACAGAAUGUCUUACAAAUGUUUACAGAAUGGAAAACACAUUUGACUCUGGGAAUUUAGAAUUUGAUGUAGCAGACAUGCUGCCAAUCCCACUAUCUUGAGGCUAAAUGCUACGAAUAGGGAUGGUGGUGGAGGCAGCAGUCACAUGACCAAGGAAAAAGGUGUUUCAACUUUCCAUAGCCAUGGUGCAUUGCAGGGCCAGACUGGGAAUACAAAGCAGUCCUGGGAAAAAAAAAAUCUAUUCCAGUCCCAUAAGUCAUUGCGCCAUGCAUUGUCACAUGUUAAAUGUAAGGCUAUGUCUUGCAACCCCAGAUGAUUGAGUGAUAUAUAUAUAUAUAUAUAUAUAUAUAUAUAUAUAAUAAAAUCAUAUAUACAACAUAAAUAUUUUUUAAUAUAAAAUAUUGGUCCUUUCAGAGUAAAACAUUUAAUUAUACAGUAAUGCUUACUGUAUAAUUAAAUGUUUUACUCUGAAAGGACCAAUAUUUUAUAUUAAAAAAUAAAUAAAUAUGUAGACACAGACAAUCUGACACACACAAGCUCAUUGAUACACAACCUCAAACAAAAAAUCUCACUGAUAUACAUAAACUCAUUAACAUAAAAACACAAGCUCACAGAUGCACACACAUGGUCUUACUGACAGACAAUCUCACUGACACACACAGACAAGCUUAUUGGUGUACAGACAAACUCUGACACGCACAAGCUUACUACAGACAAGCUCACUUUCUCACACAAAUGCUUACUACAGAAAACACACACACACACACACUCACUACAGAAAAGCUCACUGAUAGACACAUGCUUCCUACAGACAAACUAGUGACACACACAAGCUCACUAGAGACAAGCCUACUGUCACACAAAUGCUUACUACAGAAAAGCUCAUUGACACACAUGUUCCCUACAGAAAAGCUUACUGACACUCACAUGUUCAUUACAGACAAGCUCACUGAUACACACAAGCUCACCACAAACAACACACACAUGCCCACCACAGAAAAGCUCACUGACACACACAUGCUCACCACAGAAAAGCUCAGUGACACACACAUGCUCACCACAGACAAGCACACUGACACACACAUGCUUCCAACAGACAAGCUCCCUGACACACACACAUGCUCACUACAGACAAACUCACUGACACACACAUUCAAGCUCACCCGCUAGCAGCCACACACACACAUGCUCACUACAGACAAACUCACUGACACACACAUACAAGCUCACCCACUAGCAGAGACACACACACACACACACACACGCAAGCUCACUCACUAGCAGGCACACACACACAAGCUCUCUCACUAGCAGGCACACAUACACACACACAGGAGGUGGAGCUUGCAUGAGGGGGCUGGGCAUGCAGCCAAUUUAUAUAAACUGUGCAGGGAGCCUAACUGUGGCUGCACCAGCCCCCAGCUCCUCCCUCUUUACUCCCCUCGGACUGACAUAGGCUGGCACAGUCCGAAGGGAAAAAUACUUAAACUACAGGAGCCUGAUGAUUUGGGCUGUCUGCCUGGCCCCAGGUGCUUCAGCCCACCAGAAAAUUUCCCGGUAUCCCGGUGGGCCAGUCCGGCCCUGCAUUGGGGAACAGGACCUCUUCCCCUACCCUCUCUCAAUUCUUGCUUGGAAUUAGAAUGUGAUAUUGAUGAUGGCAAGUUCGACUUUCUUAUUACAAUAAAUUAGGUAAAGUAUAUGACUGUGUAUUUCUCAGGAUUGUUCAUAGGACACUCAACAAACUGAUACACACCAAUUCUGAUAAGGCAAAGAAUGAAAGGCAGAAUAGACAUAUUACUGAACCUUAGAGUGGCUGGGCUUAACGCAAAGCAGGGACCAGGAAAAAAAACAGUACUAAACUAGAGAAAUACUUCAGGCCAGAAAGGGACACAAAAAAAUAGAAAAUAAACAUAAAAAAAUCCACAUUGCAUUUCAUUUUGAAACAAAUUAAAAGUCUAAUAUAAAGUGCCUUAUGAGCCAUUCAAAUGUUCUUGCAAAAUUGAUUUUUUGAAUUCAUGUGAUAAAUAUGGCUUUUCGUACUGUUGACCUGAAAUUGUAAAUGAUAUUUGUAUCAAGAUACUUAUGCCAUGUAAUUUGCAAAGAAAGUGUCAUCCAAACUCUCUAGUGUGCAUUAUAAAAUGGUUACAUUUGAUCUAUUACGUGUGUUCUACAGCUAGAAAAUAGAAGAGGAUGAAAGGUAUAUUGAAAAUCUAUUGCAUACUAGAAAAGUUAACCUGUAUCAUGUUCGGUAUAUAAAUAAGGAGCAGGAUAUGUGAAGCGAAGCCUUAAACAAAUUAGCCAUAUUGCAGAUUUUCUCAGCCAUGUCUCCCAAUCAGCAGAAAUGGGAUCGUAAUGUGGAAGUUAAAAUUAGACUUGGAUUAAGAGUUGCCAAGGGAGAGAUGACUCUGUGUACUCUGUGUAAAAUUAUGGCUAGGUAGAUAUAUAUAUAUAUAUUUACUGCUUCAAACAGAUAACAAAUAACUGUUUAAUUUUGGAAUCUGAACAGACAUAGAAAGAGGAAAAUGACAGCAAUAUUGUGCGGCUCAUGUAGUUCUCUGAUAUAGUGUAAACAUUAGGAUGCAAAUUCAAUCAGAUUUACUCCUUUGCUCACCAGCAGUUAAAUAUCUCAGUAAACGUAUCCCCUAAAUAUAAGAUAAGCUUGCAUAUGUGGACACUUUGCAGAAAUAGGAUCUAAAAUGCAAAUAGUUUUAUGUCGUAGAAGGCAAGAGCAGCAAUGUAUUGCUUUUAAAUUCACAUUAAAGGUUUACUCUAACAAGGGCGGUACAAGGAUUUUUGGGUACACAGGUGAAGAUAAUUUUGGCACCUCCCCCCCAAAAAAGCAUUUUCACCUGUGUGCCUCUUAACCCGCCUUUUGUUUCUUAUCCCCUUUUUUAUUAAAUGUCUUACCCCCUUUAGUAUAUUAUCCCCUAUUUUUCACCUCCCUUGUGUAUCUCUUACAACCCACCUUUGUGUGUCUUUCUCCCCCCAGCCCCUUUGUGUGUCUCCUUCUCUCCCAGCCCCUUUAUCUUUUACUCUUACCAGCUCCUUUGUGUGUUUCUCUUUCACCAUCAGCCCGUUUAUCUCCCUCAAGCCCUUCUGUGUGUCUUUUUCCUCUUCUCCAGUCCCUCUUUGUAUUUCCACCUCCAGGCCCUUCUCUGUGUCGCUUUCAUUCCCAGCCCCUGUGUGAACGUUCUCACUCCCAGGCCCAUCUUUGUGUCUUUCUCCCUCCUCAUGUCCCUCGGUGUGUCUUUCUCCCCACUCAGGCCCCUCUCUGUGCCACUCUCCCCUCCAUGUCCCUUAGUGUUCCUCUCUCCUCCCCUCCCCUCCCUGUCCAUUAGUGGUCCUCUCCCCUCCCCUUCCUGUCCAUUAGUGGUCCUCUCCCCUCCCCUUCCUGUCCAUUAGUGUUCCUCUCCCCUCCCCUUCCUGUCCAUUAGUGUUCUUCUCCCCUCCCCUUCCUGUCCAUUAGUGUUCUUCUCCCCUCCCCUUCAGGUCCAUUAGUGUUCCUCUCCCCUUUCUUACCUGUCCAUUAGUGUUCCUCUCCCCUCCCUUCCCUGUCCCUUAGUGUUCCUGCCAGCCUCCCUUCCCUGUCCUUUUAGUGUUUCUCUCCCCUCACCCUUCCUUUGGUCUUAGUGCCUCUCAUCCUUAAUGCCCCUCCCACCCCACCCCUUAGUGUUUUCUCCCUUCUUUUAGUGGCUCCCCACCCCAGUAUUCCUUUUCCCUUCCCUUCCCCUGUACCAUGGGAACACAACCUCUUAGUGGUCCUCUUCCUCUCUCUCCUCUUUUUAGUGUGUUCUUCCCCCUCCUCCCUGUCCUAUAGUGUUUUUCCCUCCCUCCCCUGUCCUUAUAGUGUUCUUCCCCCUCCCUGUCCUGUGGUAGUUUUUCCUCCCUUGUCCCAUAGUUUUUCUUCCCCGCCCCCCCAAUCCCACAGUGUUCUUUCAUCUUUCCUCUCAGUGAGCAUUUCCUUUCAGUCCAGCUAGGUACAGGAAACAGAAGCUCCCGUACCGCGGUGCGCACUGCUCUGUUCAGCAACGCUAUACAGCGUGACUGGCAGGAGGAAGCACUGUGUGCCCACAUCCUGCCAGUCACUCUAAUCUAGUGCUCUCCGGGCCGCCGGUGCGACCUACGGUGACCACUUGUGCCGCCUUAUGGUGGUCGCCAUAAGGCGGCACAAGUGAAACGGUCCACGUGGUUGAUUGGAUCACGAGUGGGCUUCAAGGACUUCAGAUGGAGCGUUGAAUCCAGGGAGGGGAGCUUUGCUGGUGCUGCAUUCCAGAAAAUGUAUUGCUUUAGUUCUAAUGUUUUUUUAAUUAAAAGAAAAAACGGAGGGUGCAAUAGGCCCUUAUAACAUAAAAUAUCACAUUACUAUCUAAUUUAUGGUGAGCUGAGGUUUGUGAUAGGCAACGAUUUAUCAUUAUAUUUACCAUAUGACCUGGCUAAAAGCUAAAUUUGUAAAUGUGGUGAUAUUUUUAUACAUACAUUGUGGGAUCCCAAUAUCAAACACCCAUAUUAAUACAAGUUACUUUAAUUGCUGCAUAAACUUCUGUGCUUGGCAUAGAAGUACAAACUACAGAGAGAGAGAGAGAGAGAGAGAGAGUGUGUGUGUGUGUGUGUGUGUGUGUGUCAAGUCUUUAAGCAUUCUCUUCUCUUCAAAGUAUAUAGGCCUCAUUGCUUGCUCUGCUUAUUACUUAAAAUCAUUAAAUAUAAUCACAACAAUUACUCGGACAAUCAAUCUCACAUGUUUCAUAAAAAAAAACCUCUGAUCUCCAAUUUAUUUCAAUUACACCAUUAAUUAACUUUCUUGCUCCUUUUAGACCUGCACCUGUGUAUCGGUGAAAAGGCCAGGUAUCGUGACCUGUAUAUAUGUGGAAGUAGCAUCUAUACAGGGCUUAGAGCCAAUUACCUUUAA